CGUGUAUCGUCUGCGAUCUCUCUAGUGUUGUAUCCUGCCCGGUGCUCUUGACGAAAACAAUGCAGAACGGAUUAUACAAGCAGUGGCACAAUGCCCAAGAGACAGCGCUCUACCCCUUUUCCACCCCCUCCGCGAGUCCACGGGCGGCUUCCCCUAUCCAAUGGGGGAAGAGCGGAAGAUUGAACGCGCACGAACCGCGCCACUCCCCCAAAUCUUCCACUUUUCCUGGGCACACUUCGGCUCCAGGAUCCCGUUGACUUCUCGUAGUGAUGGUGGAACAUUGUCAGACGGGCUUGACGGGGGCCGCUUGCGUAGUAUAGCCGUUUCGCGGCGUAUAA